UCCAAGUUGUUUUCGACCCCAAAGUCCUAUUCACCUCACAGGCUGAGGCCAGGCCUAGCUUGCCUCUCUUCUGCUUUCGUCCAGCUCCCUAGAUACUGAUCUGUGCGACAUGCGUCAAGACGGCGGCGUCAGAGCCUUUGCGUCCGACGCUGACCGCCGCGCGGAUGGCACCGGCGGCCUGAAGGUCCAUCCGCAGAUGCAAGUCAUCCUCGACAGCUCGACGGGAUUCAUCAAGACUGACGAGUGUGGGCAGAAGCUGCGUGACUUAUACCGAACAGGCACCGUCGGCCAGAAUCCGAAUAUGUACAGACAAUUCGCACUGGAUUGUUUUUUGGGCCAGAUCGCCAGAGUCAAGCUGGCCGUCGAAAGCCAGGCACCUGACCUCACCGGAACCGAGACACCGUACAAGUUUGGCUACUGCACUCUGGUCGUGGCUGGUGCCCAGCGUGGCGCAGACCAGUGCCCGGGCGCGGACCACGCUGCGACUCUCAAGUACCUCAGCGGCAGCGGUGCACCUGUGGACUCCUGCGACAUCGUCGGCCUCACCCCACUGCACCACGCCGUCCAGAACACACAUGGCCCGACGGUUGCGCUUGCCCGCAUACUCCUCGAGUCGGGCGCGAACGUCAAUCAUCAGAACCGCUACGGCGAGGUCCCCUUCCUCACCAUGGUCCAGCUCGGCGACCCGCGCACGGUGGAACUGUUGAUGGAGUUUGGCGCGGAUAUUGACAUGCCCGACGCAGACGGGACGACGGGACGGAGCAUGUUCGUGAAAACGGGACCCGCGGUCACUGCGGCGGUGAUGAAGUGGCUGAGGAAGCGCAGUGGGGAGCAGAUGCCUCUCGACGGGAAGAUGUGCGCAAAGUGCGGGAAGACGGACGGCUCGCUCAAGAUAUGCAGCAAGUGCCACGCGGUCAAGUAUUGCUCUCCCGAGUGCCAGAGGGCAGACUGGCGGGAGCACAAGAAAACAUGCACGCCGUUCGACACUGCGACGUCCGUGACUGUCCGGCCUUCUUAUCGCGACAACGCUCAACUCGGGCUCAUGUCGUCCUCGGAGUUCGCGCGCAAUUUCUUCGGCAUUCCAACGACCCCGCGUCCCGAGGCGCAUAACCGCAGCAGUCACGUGCCACACUUGAGGCCUGGCCAGUCGAAGGCGAUGGUCAUCAAGGUGCAGGUGCCAUACACGGGCACUGCGCCGACGAUGCAGGAUGGGACAAUGCUCGUGUACGACAAGAAGCGUGAAUUCGUGUCGGCGUACAUGCGCAUCGCGCAGACCGUUUGGAUGAGGGGCGUCGGCGGCGCGAAAGCGUACUUCCCUGCAGAGUUGAAGAGUGCGGAUGAGCUCGUUAUCAAGGUCAGCGAGGUCCUGGCGGAACAACCUUUCUGAUGAUGGUCGCCUUCAGCGAAUCUCAGUCCUUGGCGUUUUGACUCCGGUUAACGAAUUUGGCUGCUAAUCCACCUUAUAAGUAUAGUACACAGUAUGUAUUCUUACUUCUCAAGGGCCUCUCGGUG